AGAUGGACAGAGAAGCUUUGGUACAGCUGGAGACUUCGGUGGAAGCGGCUGAAAAUCUUGAUGUGACUAAAGUGGAUUUGGAGACUCUGGCUGAGCUACUCUGUGCUGAUCUUUCCUGGAAACCUCUUGGUUACAGGCUCUUAGAACAACCGUCAAUCUCCUCCUACAUCGCCCUUUUCGACCAUAUCAAACGGCAAGAAAAUUGGUGCAAAAGAGAAUUUCUCCACGCUCUUCUCUUGUCAAUCAAAACAAAACCAGAUCAGGUGGAAACUUUCCACAACUUGAGAGGAGACAAGAUUUUCCUGCCCGCAGUCAUCAACUCCAAGUGGGCAAAGAAACUAAAAUGCCUGAAGUUACUGCUACACAAACAUGUAUUUAAAGAGGAAAUCUCAUUGAACAGAGUGAUGUGGUGCAGUCCCACUGAGGCAGAGGUGUUUUUAGAGACACUGUCAGUCUUCGGAUAUCCACAUAUUGCCCAAGAGUUGGGUAAGUGCAUGGGCAGCAGCAAUGUUAUCAGGUUCAGGGACGAGAAACCACUGAAACAGAAGACAAGUACGAAAACAGACAACAGCUCAUAUGUCACUGUCUUACCUGCAAAUAUCUCCUCUGAGAGUCGUCCACCCAAACUGCACUUACACACCAAACACUGGACACCCAACACUGCACGUGUAACUACAGCAACACGUUACUGUCAUAGAUAUUGUAGGAAGCCCUCACUGCCUGACCCGUGGCUGUACCGAAUGGCAGGAGCUCUGGCCUCUGAAUGGACGGCAGUAGCCAGAGAUUUUGGUUUCAGUGAGAGCGACAUAGAGAAAACGGCAACUGAUCCUUGGUACAACCACCAGCAGCGAAUGUUCCACCUCCUGUACAGACUGACACACGAGCAGCAGAUGAGCUUCACAGAGCUGUGCUUCCUGCUGCUUUGUAAAGUCAGUGAUUAUAAAUGUCACCGGCAAAUACAGUGUAUCAUAGGAGCAGCACUCAGUGCUGUUGAGCUGCAGGAAGACGUGGACUUAUCUAGAAAUGAGGGAGAGAACCUGUUCCAGAGGCAACACAUAAAGGUGCUGGAACAUAAGACGCUUCGAGUGGUUUGUGGCCAGUGGAGUGAAGCCCCUGAGAUGAGAGAGAUCAGCCCGAAGGUGUUUGAAAGCUUCGUGGAUCAGGUGUCCCUGGUUGGUCCUGUGUUUGAUGUGCACACACAAACCAAAGGGACAAAGGUGAUGGUGUUUCUUCCCACGUACACUCCGUGUGAAACUGAGCUGAGCCCCUCAGUUCUUGCAGAGAGUCUAUUGACUCUUCUGACCAUGAAAUACCAAGAUGUGGGGAAUUGCUUGUGUAAGAAGUUAGAAGCAGUGCUAAGUGCAGAAGAGAAAUCAAGACUGUUUAAAGUCCUCCUACAGGAGGAUUGUGAAGCUGCUGUGAAGCUGAUCUUGUCAAAAGGGCAGAGAGCUCUUCAGCUGCUUUGUGAAUACCUCAGGGCAUCAGGCAGUGAGAUGAGGUCGUGGCCGGCAAAGCUUCGCUCUCUGCUGGAAACAUCACCCACCCAGGUCGGACACAUCCAAGAUGGAAACCUGGAGCUUGUGGUUCCACUCGCUGUGCUGGAAAGACACCUGUUGCUGUUCACAGAGUCCCUCUCUCCGCUAGCGGUCAUAGAAAAGCUGCGAAGAUUAUUUACUCAGACACGUGCUUACUGUUUGUUAUACAAACCAGUGGGACGUCAGUACAUUGACUGCAGAGUAACACUGAGGGUGUUUUUGAUACCCAGGAGUGGCUCACUGGUGCAGGGACUGGAUACAAAGCUGAAAGGUUAUAAACGAGUGUUUAUUUCAAAUAUCAGUAUUAAAGGGAAUGUUUGUUAUAGACUACUCUUUAAGGACGUUACUUCUGACAAUUCACUCCUUAGGGUCACUCCAAGAGAUGGCAGUGAGUACAAGGAAGCACUGAGCCUUAUGGAUCCCAUGACUAAGUAUCUGAUUGCUCUUAAUAUAAAGGACUGGGUCCAAUGGCCUCUGGUGCUGCAGAUUACACGAGACAAAAACUCUGUGAUAUUUGAGGAAACCAUUGAUGAUGAAAUAUUGCAGUUUGAAAAUGCGGAAUAUUUCAUUCUCAACCUUGAUGGUAAGAAUCAUUGUAUCAUGAGGAUUCACCAAGAAAUUAGUUACAGAGAAUUCAGCCACAAAUUAAACACUGUGCUGCCGGAGAGAAAACUCUCUGUCUAUUACAAACAAGAUGGGAUCCCUCUGCUGGUUAAUAAUGACGAAAGUAUCAGCCUAAUUGUGCAGCAACAAGAGAAGGGAAACAUUAUGCUGGAAGGUGAAGACAUCAUUGAUGAGAUAAUUAAAGCAGAAUCCCAAGUAGUGCAAUCGGCCAGUUUACCUUCUUUAAAUGAACCACUCAGCUGCCGGAGGCCAUCUCCCACUGAACAGCAUUUUGUGGUUCGACACAGGACAGCUUUAAUUAAGAGGAUCUCAGACAUCAAAAGUCUUCUGGAUGAUCUGAGACAUGAAAGUAUUAUUAACGAUAAUGAAUACCAGAGAAUCAGAGGAGAAAAUAUUCGCAAUGAACAAAUCACCUGCAUGUUAGAUUACACGAUUAAGAAAGGGGAAAAUGCAAUGGAUUUGUUUUUUAAAAGUCUUUGCAACAAUGACCCAUACCUUGUUGAUGACUUGAAAUGUAGGGAGAUGUCUCAGGGGACUCUUGUUGAAAUAUACUGACUAUCACUUCACGAUACAUUAGUGUAUUGAUAGCAGCAACCGAAUGUUCCAGAAGAAGUGGAGGUUAAAAGUAGCUUUGCUGGACAGGUUGAGGUUAGCUUCUGAUUACA